AUGUCCGACCCGAAUCCACUCCUCCUGCUUGUGCAGCAGCUCCAGCAAGAGCUCCAAAACCAGCGCCUUGAUAUUCAAAACCAGCGUAAUGAAAUACAGCAACUACGUGCGGACCUUGAUGCUUCCCGAACAGAUGUCCACCAGCUUCGUACGCAGCUUCUUUCCGUCCAGACACCCAGAUCCCGCCUGCCAGAUCCGCCUCGCUUUAACGGUAAACCAUACACGCUUCGCACAUGGCUCCCGUCAAUUAAAGCAAAACUUCGAUCAGACCAGCUCGUAGGAGCUGAUGCUUUUGACUAUGUAUGGGAUCGACUAGAACAGUCUCAGCAAGCUUCUGUCCUGCACCUCCGCCAAUCUGCCGAAGAAAACCAGCUAUGGGAUCCUGAAAGGGAUGACGAAUCGCUUAUCGCCUACCUUGCUCGUUUUGAACGACUUUCAUAUGAAGCCAAUGUAAACUCAUGGCCAGAUAUAUCACGUGUUACCACGCUACACCGGGGGCUACGGCCUAAUCUCCGUCGAAUACUAGAAGACUCGAAUAAUUCUCUCUUUGAUCUUCCCUAUAAUGAAUAUAUUGAACUUGUCCAGAGUACCGAUCGGCGUACCCGUCCUAGUCCAAAAUCAGCCCCGAAACCAGCUUUGACCCCGAAUACAGACCCAAUGGAUACUGAUCCGGUCCGAGUCAACUCAGUUAAAAUAAACCCCAAUCCUGUUCAUGUUGGCUCUGUGAGAGUAGCCCGAGCUGCUUCGCCUGUUUUAUCUGAUUCUUCUCAUGAAUCCACCACCUCUGACCGCCGCCGUUUCCGACUUGCGAAUAAUUUAUGCCUUUACUGCGGUUCUAAUGAUCAUUGGAUCGCAGACUGCGAUGCCCGCUCUACUUUGUCUGAUACUUCCGAGAAACCUCCGAAAAAGCUUACAGCCCGCGCCAGCAACCCGCCUCGCUAUUAG